UCAAGGAAGGCUCGAAGCAGCAUUCAACACCAAGAGCUCAACAAACAGUUAAAAGAGAGUAUCUGAAGAGCAUCAAGAAGCUUUAACUACUGUCGCCACCGAGUUUUAAUCCGCAUACAGUCACACAAUGCCCAAGGCUGCAGGAGAGAACUGGGAAAAGUGGGGCAAGGCCGACGCAGAUGAGGACGAGGAAAUCAAGGACAUUGUCCCUCUCGACGAAGAUGAUAUUGCCGUGUUGAAAACAUAUGGAGCUGCUCCCUACUCGUCAAGCUUGAAGAAGAUCGAGGAGGAAUUGAAGAACUUGCAGAAGAGGGUGAACGAGAAGACAGGUGUAAAGGAGUCCGACACCGGUCUCGCGCCACCGCAUCUCUGGGACGUUAUGGCAGAUAAGCAGCGUAUGUCCGAAGAACAGCCCCUGCAAGUUGCCCGCUGCACAAAGAUUAUCCAAGGUGCCGGCGAGGAAGACGAGAAGAGGAAGUACGUCAUCAAUGUCAAACAAAUCGCUAAGUUCGUCGUCAACCUCGGCGAACGUGUCGCACCCACCGAUAUCGAGGAAGGCAUGCGCGUCGGUGUCGACCGCACCAAAUACCAAAUCCAGCUUCCCCUACCACCCAAGAUCGACCCCUCGGUAACGAUGAUGCAGGUUGAGGAGAAGCCGGAUGUUACGUACUCUGAUGUUGGAGGUUGUAAGCAGCAGAUUGAGAAGUUGCGUGAGGUUGUUGAGCUGCCGCUUUUGUCGCCUGAGAGGUUUGCCAAUUUGGGUAUUGAUCCCCCUAAGGGAAUUAUGCUUUACGGGCCUCCCGGAACGGGAAAGACGCUUUGUGCUAGGGCUGUGGCGAAUAGGACGGAUGCUACGUUCAUUCGUGUUAUUGGGUCUGAGUUAGUGCAGAAGUAUGUGGGUGAGGGUGCUAGGAUGGUUCGUGAGUUGUUCGAGAUGGCACGUACUAAGAAAGCGUGUAUCAUUUUCUUUGACGAAAUUGAUGCUGUCGGUGGUGCUCGUUUCGAUGAUGGUGCAGGUGGCGACAACGAGGUUCAGCGUACCAUGUUGGAGCUGAUUACUCAACUGGACGGUUUCGACGCUCGUGGGAACAUCAAGGUUAUGUUCGCUACCAACAGACCAAACACCCUCGACCCCGCUCUCUUGCGUCCUGGACGUAUUGACCGCAAAGUCGAGUUCUCCCUCCCGGACAACGAAGGCCGUGCGAACAUUCUCCGCAUUCACGCCAAAUCCAUGGCCGUCGAGCGCGAUAUCCGUUGGGAAUUGAUCGCGCGUCUCUGUCCUAAUACUACGGGUGCCGAGUUGCGAAGUGUGUGUACUGAGGCGGGUAUGUUUGCGAUUCGUGCGAGGAGAAAGUUGGCUACGGAGAAGGAUUUCUUGGAGGCUGUGAACAAAGUUGUGAAGGGUAACCAGAAGUUCAGCGCCACUGGACAGUACUUGCAGUACAACUAGUCGUGGAGAUCGAGAAGUGGACAGAGGAGCAGGGAACGCGGAAGACGAGCGGAGAAGCC